AUGAAUCAGGAACACAUUCCAGACACUUCACCGCAACUGCAUACUUUCAACUGCCAGGUCUCAGGUGCGGUUCAGAAGGAUAUCCACCAAAACGACAGCAAACAUCCCGUCGGCUUCAACUUCGAACUUCUAAAACGCUAUGACAACAUUCCAUGGUCCUUCAACCACGCCAUCAAGCGAGCUGAACUCCUCAGAGUCUGUGAGUCUUCCGGCACGGAGCAAUCCUUUCGUACAGCAUACGCAGAUAUGCCUCCAAAGCCCAGACAGACUCGUUUCAUCGAGCGCUUCGAAAGCGUGAAGCAGCUGACCGAGAGAAACCUUGCUACCUUGCAGGCUGGUUUAGACGGCGCAUCAUGUCAGCCUACAUCACCUUUAGACGGCGAGCUGCACCUCAGACCGUCUCCACGCGCAACAGCAUUUCUCGUAAAACGCAAGCCGCUCCCAGAUACAGCGCAAAAGGCACUCAUAGAAACGAACGACGAGGCAGAUAUAGAGUCACAUGCAAAGAGCGCAGACGAAGUUUCCAAUCAAAACCACACACUUGGACAUCCAAGUCACGGCCGCAGACCAUCUUUCCACCGCACAAAUACCGUCUUCACGGAUUUCUUGCCGUACGAUCAAGUGCGAACUUGGCAACAGGUUGAUAACGAGGAAUAUCAGGACCGACGUAGGCAUUCGCUCUCAGCUAUUGCACUGGAGGGGAUGAAAAAGCUCAAUCUCGACCGCGAUGCACUAUCGGCUCAUAGCAAGAAGACUGCGAAUCAAUUGAAGAAAGUGAUCAAACAGCACAUACUUGACAAGGAGAAGUCAACUUCGUAG